AUGACAUCUACCAAUACGAAUAAUCAAAACAACGUGGACGAAUCCUUCAGCAAUACGGAGCCAAAAAGAGUCAAGGUGUAUGUCCUGGAAAAUAAUGAGUGGAAAGACAAUGGGACAGGCUUUUGCACUGGAGAAAUAAGAGAUGUCGAAGAGGGCGAUGAGAUUACGAAAUCUGCGUACCUUGUUGUUAGUAGCGAGGAUGACCAAAAAGAGACAUUAUUACGUUCAAAAGUGGAAGGAAAUAUAGAAUACCAACGACAAGAAGAAACCUUGAUAGUUUGGAAAGAUUUAAAUGGCAAUGAUAUCGCGCUAAGUUUCGAGGAAAGUAUAGGGUGUGACACUCUUUGUGAAUUCAUUAUACAAGUCCAAAGACACAUCGAAAAUAGCAUUUCUUUGAUCUCUGUAAAGAGUAGCGAUAAUGGUAUUGGUUCUGUCCACGAGAUAGUAGCUGGCCCAGUUAUUUUACCUUCAACUGACAAAGACCAAAAUACUGAUACUUUGUAUGAUGCAUUGAAGAUUGUAAAUGAAAAUUCAAUCUAUGAUUACAUGAAAAAUGAAACAAUAGAGUUUAUCUUACAAUCAAGCUAUAUCAAUUUGCUUAUAGAUCACUUCCAUAGAGCUGAGAAGGGGAAAAUGAUUAAAGAUUUGUUUCUUUUAAGCACUAUCAUUAAAACUUUAAUCUUAUACAAUCAGAGGGAUAUUAUUGAACUCAUGGUCGAUGACGAACAUAUCAUGGGUAUAAUCGGCAUAUUGGAGUAUGACACAGAAUUUCCAAAUUUGAAAGCAAACCAUAGAGAAUACUUAAAACUUAAUGGGCCUUGUUUCAAGGAAGUUAUACCGCUGGAGAACAAAGAUUUAGAGUUGGUGGUUAAGAAAUAUUUUCGACUAAAAUUCUUAAAGGACGUUGUAUUAGUACGAUUUCUGGACGAUAAUAACUUAAAUUCAUUCAUGGACAUCAUACUAGAUCUUAAAACUUGUAUAAUUGAUUGGCUACAAACAGAUCCAUUCCUGGAUAAAAUAAUGAACAUAUUCUCUACAGAUGAUGAUAGUUCUAAGAAAAGAGAUGCCAUCAGAUUGUUGCAUCAAUAUGUAGGGAUGUCAAAAGAUCUGGAUCCCAUUGAUAAAACGAAGUUUUACAGGACCCUCGUGAGAAAGGGUCUAUUUAACGUGUUGUCAUACGCAUUUAGUCAAGAAAAAGAUAGCAACUUGAGAAUCCUAGCUACUGAUUUGAUCAUUACAAUUAUCGAGCACGACAUAUUGCUAAUACAUAAUAUUCAAAACGAGAAAACAAAAGACACCGCAAUAGAUGAUAAUUUCCCUCCUGCAUCUGAUGCAAUAACGGAUGACAUGAAAUUGCUUUCCAUUUUAUCUACCAUUCUACUUUCAGAUAAAAGCCCAGGGCUCAUGGAACAAGUAGUACAAGCACUUAGCACCUUGUUACAUCCUGACGGUUGCUUAGCAGGAACUGAUGGGGAGUUUUCCAAUUUUUCCAGCAUUAGUAGCAUAAAUGGAUUCGAUGUAAAUGAUUCGGAUAAUUCUUAUGGUAUGGAUGGCAUUUUUAAUAGCAUAGAUAGGGAUAAUAAUGAAACAGAAGCAAAUAAACAAUUGAAGAUUUAUUUUAACAAAUUCUAUAGUCAAAUAGCUCCAUUUCUAUUCAAGCCGCUAAUGCCUAAAGCUAAUAUUGACUGCUCAGAAUUAGACGAUUUUCUUCUGAUUCAUUUGUUGAAACUGAUAUCUUUUAUUGCGACAGAACAUACAAGGCUAAUAUCUAGGAAAUUCAUACUAGAAAAUGGAAUUUUAAAAACGUUGAGUCAAUUAAUUGGGCCAACUCAUAUCUUACAAUUACGUCUCACAGCAGUUAGAUGUUUCAAAAAUAUUCUAAAUCUGAAUGAUAAGUAUUAUCAUAGAUACAUUAUUUCCAAUAACUUAGUAGAUCCAAUAUUCGAGCUUCUGAAAGAUAAUUUAUUUGAAGAUAAUCUGGCAACUUCUUGCAUAUUAGACUUAUUGAACAUAGUAUCGCUGAACUGCACUCUGGAUAGUGGCAAAGAAAAUGAUCAAAAUGCUAAACACAAUUUGACUGAAAAGUCAAAGUCUCUCAAUAAAGCCAAGAAUAAUUUCACUAUCUUAAACAAGCAUAUUAUUGGAAAAUAUGGUUCCAUAAUCAAGGAACUUUCUUCUUUCCCUUUUAUAAGAGAAAUGUUUGAAUUUGAUAGGAUAACUAAUGAGAUUGAGAAGGAACUUGACAUUGAAACUGAUAUUGAUAGAAUCAGUCCUAAUGAUACUGACACAAACAAGUCUGAUGCGACUACUGAGAAUUGCAAGAGAUCAUAUUCCGAGCUAGAAACGUCAGAAAAUAGUAAUAGCAAUGAGGAUGUCAGCAAAUUUGAACUUGACCAGCACGUCGUGACAAGUUAG